GUUGGACCUUUGGUAAGCACUUACAGAAGACAGAUGCAUGGCAUAUUACAACUCAAAAUUGCACUUAUGCAUACGCUGUUAUCAGUAGGGCAUGGCUAAGACGUACAUUUUAACCUCAUAUAAGAGAUGGCAAAUUGCUUGCUGCUUCGGUGCCUCAACUCGGAAGUCCAAAGCUCUUAAAACCUCUGUCGAGGCCAUCUAUUGAAGUUCAGUGGUUCUAGAUUCCUGCUUAACUGAUAUAUAUGUCAGGUUCCUUCCCCAAGCAUAUGUACAUAUAUAUAAUUUGUGUGUUUUCUGUACAUAUAGCAACUAGUUUUUGCAGAAAAUUUUCAAUAUUGCAUCAUAAUCACCGUGUUAUUUAACCACAAUCUUGAAAUAAUGACAUGCAUGCAUCGUAUCUUGUUAUUUAGAAUAAAGAACAUAAUAUCUUGAAAUUAUCAUAUGUUCUCAUUUCGUUAAUUUCUUCAACACAGACUUGAAUGAUUAUUGAAAUGUAUACCAGAACUGAAUUUUUUCUGUACCAUUCAAUGUUUCCUUGCAGGGUCAUCGGCAUGAAAAUUGGAUGGGAAGGGUAUAUAAGUGAUCAGCCAAACUGUUAUUUGAAGCUGUACCACUGCUUUGAAGCUCAAUCCUCUGCCCAUGCCAAUGGGAGUUCUUAAUAAAAUUGUUGCAGCAAAGCUGGUCUCCGUCCUCCUUUUUCAUUGUAGACUAUAAAGAAUUUUAUAACCGCACUGUAAGUUAUAACUUUGUUUUAGGAGCGUAGAGCAACACUAUUAUGUUCAGUUCUGUCACUUCUUUAGAGCAUGAAGAAUGCAUAUUGGUUCUCUCGUGAGUUUAGAAUAAUCUACUUGGCAAAUGGGAAGCGAGAUUAUCAAAGCCCACUCCAUCUUCAUUUUCUGAAUGAUUAGUUAUGUUGUGCACUUGUACUGGCUCUUAUGUAAAAUGGUUGUCACCUGGAAUGACCAAAACUUGUAGCUCGAUUGGUUAGACUGUAUGAUCUUUUCAUCCAGAUAUCGGGCCUUAAAAUGAGGACAC